ACCUUUAUUCUGAAGGAACGGGAAAUCUUGACGCCGCUGUUGACAGUUUAGCUAACAGUGCUAGCACCUAGUUGCGUCAGAUGAUUUGAGUGCUGCUAAGUCCUCAGUAAUGUCUCAUUUUUGAGUUCCUGGCGUGAAGACAUCCUUUAGACGGAUGAAAAUGUUGACUUAAUGAUGAACGACGAGCACGAAUCGAGGUUUGAAAAGUGACUUCGUUGUCAGCUAAUGUUAGCUUCGUCGCUACCUGCUGGCGUUAGCUCUCGGUUGCCUGACAACAGAGAGGAGGCUAAACAAACCGUGGCUCACAGCUAACGGGGCUGGCGUGCGCUGAGAGGUGGUGUGGUGGCGCGUCGUAUAAACAUUUAGGUGUGUGAUUUUUAGCUGGUAAACUGCAGAUCAUGGCGGAAGACGGCAGACGUGGGGGUGAAGAGGACCGCAGUCCCGGAGCAGCUCAUCAAGUGUUUGUAGUGAUGGAAAGUUUGCUGGAAAAGUUGAAGAUGCUAAAUUUUGAGGAGGAAGUACUGGCCAAACACAACAUGAAAAAUCUGUCCAGACAUUACUUAGUCUCCAGUCCACACCUGACGUCCAACCCGGGCGAGCAGUUCUACAUGUUCACCAUCAUCGCAGCGUGGCUCAUCAACAGGGCAGGGAGGCCGUUCACAGAGCCUCAGGAGUAUGACGAGCCCAACGCCACCGUGUCCAACAUCCUGGCCGAGCUCAGGGCUUUUGGUGUUAAAGUGGACUUCCCGCCCUCCAAACUGAAAUCCGGUUCAGGCGAACACGUCUGCUUUGUGUUGGACCGACUGGCUGAGGAGGCUCUGAAGAGGAGGGGUUUCAUCAUCAGAAGACCAAGCUACACAACAGAAACCACAGAAGAAGAGUUUGUGACAGAGGACAACACAGAGCUCACGCUCAGCAAAGUAGAGGAGGAGAUGAUCGAGGAGCCUGAUGAUGAGGAGGAGAACGUGAUGGACCUGGAGGCUCUGAAGUUACAAACCACUCGCACUGAAGCAGAGUCAUCCUCCAAACCAGAAGACAUUCUGGAGUCGACGGUUGAUACGGCGGAGUGGAACCUGGAGGUGGAGAGAGUCCUGCCACAACUCAAAGUCACCAUCAGGACGGACAACAAGGACUGGAGGAUCCACGUGGACCAGAUGCAUCAACACCAAGACGGCAUCAAGUCCUCACUCAAAGAGGCCAAGAGCUACCUGGACAGACUGCAAGAGGACAUCGGUAAGACCCUUGAGAAGGUGAGCAGCAGAGAGAAAUACAUCAACAACCAGCUGGAGCAUCUGAUCCAAGAGUACCGCAGCGCUCAGGCCAAACUCAGUGAGGCGAAGGAGUGCUACCAGCAGGCCAGUGGAGGUGUGACAGAGAGGACCAGAGUCCUGGCUGAGAUCAGUGAGGAGCUGGAGAAGGUGAAGCAGGAGAUGGAGGAGAAAGGCAGCAGUAUGUCUGAUGGAGCUCCGGUGGUGAAGAUCAAGCAGAGUUUGACCAAGCUGAAGCAGGAGAUCGUUCAGAUGGAUGUGAGGAUUGGUGUCGUCGAACACACGCUGCUGCAGGCCAAACUCAAAGAGAAGUCCAACAUGACACGCGACAUGCACGCCACCAACAUCCCCGAGUUAAACACUUUGUCAAUUUAACGCUUUAUCCUAAAUAUCACUCAUGACUCAUUUUUCAUUUACGGUUUAAUUUAUUUGUGUAUAUGAAGAUAAAAUAAAUUUUGCUGAUAAUUUCUGUUUUUGUA